AAAAAAUAGCGGCAAUCAAAAACUUACAAUGACAUGAAUGAAGGCUACUUGCCUACUUGGCCCUGAUCUUGGCCAAUGAUGCUUUAUCAGACGACCAGAAUUACCGCACCACGCUGUGCUGAGUUGCUGUCAUCUGCCGACUCCCCGCGCGCCACUGCUCGGCGUGUCUGUCCUAUAUAAAAGAGGCUCGCUCGCGGCACUCUUGCUCUCGCGCUCUGUGCACAGAGGAGACGACCUUCCCUUCCUUAAUUUCCCUCUGCUUUCCUCUGCUUCACUCAUUCCUCGAUCGGCCAUGGUGGUCCUCGCCAAGGGUGAGCUCGAGCAGAUCGCCCUGCCGGCGGCGGAGCCGCCGCCAGCCGACGUGCGGUCGGUGGACCUGUCGGCCCCGGCGGGCCCCGCGCGCGAGGCCGCAGCGCGCGCGCUGGUGGCGGCGUGCGAGGAGCACGGGUUCUUCCGGGUGACGGGCCACGGCGUGCCGCCGGAGCUCGUGCGCGCCGCGGAGGCCGCGGCGGCCGGGUUCUUCGCGCAGCCGCAGGACGAGAAGGACGAGGAGGCUCCCACGCUCGGGUACGGCAGCAAGCGCAUCGGCGGCAACGGCGACCUCGGGUGGGUCGAGUACCUCCUGCUCGGCGUCACCCCCGCCGGCGCCGCCGUGCCGGCUGCCUCCGCGUCCUCCUCGACAUUGCCGUGCGCUGCCGCCGCCGCCGCCGCCACCGCAUCGUCGCCGUCCGCGCCGGCCGGGUCGGCCGGGCUGUUACGGGACCUUCUGGACGAGUACACGGUGGCGGUGCGGCGGAUGGCGUGCGCGGUGCUGGAGCUGAUGGCGGAGGGGCUGGGCAUCGCCGGCGGCGCCGGGGACGGGGACGUGCUGGCGCGGCUGGUGACGCGCGCGGACAGCGACUGCAUGCUGCGGGUGAACCACUACCCGCCGCGGCCGGCGUUGAACCCCUGCAGCCUGACGGGGUUCGGCGAGCACACGGACCCGCAGAUCAUCUCGGUGCUCCGCGCCAACGGCACCUCCGGCCUGGAGAUCGCGCUGCGGGACGGCGCCUGGGCCUCCGUCCCGCCCGACGGCGACGGCUUCUUCGUCAACGUCGGCGACACCCUGCAGGUGUUGACGAACGGGAGGUUCAGGAGCGUGAGGCACAGGGUGGUGGUGAACAGCGAGAAGUCCCGGGUGUCCAUGGUCUUCUUCGGCGGGCCGCCGCCGGGCGAGAGGCUGGCGCCGCUGCCGCAGCUGCUGGGCGACGGCGGCCGGAGCCGGUACCGGGACUUCACCUGGAGCGAGUUCAAGAACAGCGGGUGCAGGACCAGGCUCGCGGAAGACCGGCUGUCCCGCUUCGAGAACAAGUAGUAGUAGCUUGAUUAUUAGCUAGCAGGGGCAGGAUCGAUCAUGCAUAUGUAUGCUUUCUGAUGUAUGCAAGGUUCGCAUGAUGGGCGUAUAUAUAUAUGACGAACGUGCUAGUAUAUAUAGCUACUGGCACUGGUCUAUAAUUAGCAGAGGUCAUGAUCCUUGCUCAUCGUGUAUUGUACACGUGUAUGCACGCAUGGUGCACCACACGUACAGGCCAAUAUAUCUAGCUAUCUCUAGCUAUCCAUGGAUCGAGUACGUAA